CCUUUUCCUCCUCCUCGUGAUCUCCCAUUUCUCCCUUCCCCCCCUCUUUUUUCCCAUUUACUUUCCUAGCCAGCGAGCGAGCAAGCUAAGUAAAGAAAGAGCACAUUGAAGAAGAGGGGAAAGCAAGAAAUAUUUUUUUAUUUAAUGGGUAGUUCGUCGUGUGGAAGCGGAGGAAGGAAUGGAGGAGGAGUGCGGCAGUACAUAAGAUCGAAGGUGCCACGCCUCCGGUGGACUCCCGACCUUCACCACCGCUUCCUUCACGCCAUCGACCGCCUCGGCGGCCACCACAAAGCGACGCCGAAACUGGUGCUUCAGUUGAUGGAUGUGAAGGGACUCACCAUCUCCCAUGUCAAGAGCCAUCUUCAGAUGUAUAGAAGCAUUAGGACUGAAUCUGAUCAGCUGCCUUCCACCACCAACUCACCAGUAGGAAUGGAGCCCAUUAAUGGCGAAGGCGAAGAAGGAGAUGAUCAUCAAGAGAAGGUGAAGGAAGGGAAAGAAACCAAAAGUGAUCAAUUUUACCAGUUUCUUCUCCUCCCCACCCCCAAAAGGGUGAAAGUGGAGAGCUUGAACAGUAGUGGUGGGAAAGGGGGAGACCAUGGGAGCAUUGUUGUGAUGGAUGGGGAAAGGAUUAGGAAGAAGAGGAAGAGGUGGUCAUCAUGUAAUCAUCAUCAGAUUGUUGAGUUCAACAAGAAGAAGAAGAAGAAGAAGAAGGGAAUCUUUUGUGGUACUGUUCCGUACGAAUCUCUUGAUCUUCUUAACCCCCACCACCUCCAUCAUCGUCAUCAUCAUAUCAACUAUGGAAUCAACUCAAAUCAGCAACAGUACCACAAUGGAGGUGGUGGUGGAGGAGGAGGGUUCCGGUGUGGCCAAAUGCAGCUCUCUCAAUAUGCUCCCACUAACGUGGUUGGAUUUUCCGGUUCUACCCAACACCACCGGGAAGAAUCUCAUUUUCUCAAGGUUAUGAAAGUGGAGACCGCGGCCGAGCUAGCAAACGGCGGCAGUGGUCGGAGUGGCUGCGAGUUGUCGUUGUCGCUGUCAUUACCCGGCGGAGGCAGUGAGGUUGACGGCGGUCUCUCUUCGAGCCUUACUACUUCAACGGAUCAUCAUCAGAUGGCGAUAACGAGCAUGUGCAACGACGCCUUCUCAUCAUCAGCAGCUUCUUCUUCUUCUUCAUCUGCCGCUUUAUCUUGUUCUUCCUCUUGCUCCAAUCCUACCCUCAGCUUGGACCUUUCCAUUUCUCUCUGUGGCACUUAAUUAGUUAAUUAGAUGUAUGGCGUUGUUCUUAGUUAUUUGGUACUUUUUUUUUUAGCUAUUAGAUUAGUUUAGUUGUAUUUUCUCUUUCAUUGUGAUAGUUUGUAGCGU